GCAGUACCAGCAGUAAAUGAAAAGGAGGCAGACCUUAUAUUUCUUUUGUUGAGUCUAUUUCUCAUGUAUCACCCUGCAGUCAUUUGUGUUGAAUGUUUGAAAUCAGUGUGGAAACACUCGGUGGUAUGACUGAACUCCUAUGUGCGCGGUUUGACGAAGUAGUGCGACGACUGUGUUGGAAACAUCGCAUAGGUCGACAGUAGACUGUGUGGGUGAAGGCAGACUGGUUCUGCCCCCUUCAAUCACCAACCUUCAAUGCUAGCGAUAGAAGAUUCGCUGGCGACACCGUAACCAUGGAAGACUACAAUGAGUAUCCUUAAGUAGUAUUACUGCGGAGCUCAUAGCUCGUAGUAUUACUGUUUCAAUAUGCCCGGCCGGCGGUGCUUCACGAGGCUCUCGGUUGCCUGAUAUUAACGUUAUAGGCCUGCUUUUUCCAUCUGGAAAGUUCUUGGCAGGGGAAAGCAGGCCAGCUAGCAUCUUUAAGGUUAGCCUUUUCCGCGCUGCAGCUCUGGGUUUUGACGGUACGGGUUUUCCAUGACCACACCACUAACAUUAUUGUCUAACAAUUCAAGGACGUUUUAACUCCAAGAAGUAUUUUUAUGGGAUUCAUAUCGGCGAAGGAGAAGCGGGCCUAAGCCAAAAUGGUGAACUGGAGGCGGCUGCUGCGAAUGUCCAACCGAUCGUUUCUGGCCUUCAUAUUCUUCUUCUCCAUGUCCACCACUUGUCUCUACUUCAUUUAUGUGGCUCCUGGAAUAGCCAACACAUACUUCUUCAUGGUGCAGGCUCAGGGCAUCAUGUUAAGGGACAAUGUAAGAACCAUCGGCCAGAUGAUCCGAUUGUACACCAACAAGAACAGCACAGUCAAUGGCACAGACUAUCCUGAUGGCAGUAACUCCAGUGAAUACCUGGUCCAGCCAACUGCAUAUCUUCCGGAGAACUUCACCUAUGCCCAGAACCUCCCCUGCCCAGAGCGAUUGCCUUCUAUGAAGGGCCUUAUGGAAGUGAACAUGACAGAGAUCCCAAUGGAGGAGAUAGAAAUGACGUUCUCCAAGUUUUUUGACAUUGAGUUUGGAGGCCAUUGGAAACCAAAGGACUGCAGACCUCGCUGGAAGGUGGCCAUCCUGAUUCCAUUUAGAAACCGCCAUGAACAUCUCCCCAUCCUAUUCCAACAUCUCAUCCCUAUGCUGCAGAGACAGCGUCUGCAGUUUGCCUUCUACGUCAUUGAACAGAGUGGGAGCCAGCCCUUUAACAGAGCCAUGCUGUUUAACGUGGGAUUCUUGGAGGCCAUGAAGGACUUGGACUGGGACUGCUUGAUCUUCCACGAUGUUGACCACAUACCUGAGAACGACCGAAACUACUAUGGCUGCGGUCAGAUGCCACGCCACUUUGCUGCCAAGCUAGACAAGUACAUGUACAUUCUUCCAUACAGCGAAUUCUUUGGUGGUGUGAGUGGACUCACUGUGGAGCAGUUCCACAAGAUUAAUGGAUUUCCCAAUGCAUUCUGGGGCUGGGGAGGAGAGGAUGAUGACUUGUGGAACAGGGUUCACUAUGCUGGUCUCAACGUCACGCGACCAGAAGGAGAUAUUGGCAAGUACAAGUCAAUUCCUCACCACCACAGAGGAGAGGUGCAGUUCCUCGGGAGGUAUAAACUGCUGAGGUAUUCCAAAGAGCGGCAACACUUGGACGGCCUCAACAAUCUCCAUUACAGCCCCCACGUCUCCCUCAGCAGCCUCUACAAGAACAUCACGGUGGACCUGUACGCUGAGCUUGCCCCUAUCGCAGACUACUGAACGGCCCAUACAACCCCAACCCCUUCUCAACACCCCUAACUCACCCAGCUCCCCUCCAGCCUUGCCUCCUAGCACCCCUUUCAACUAUUCAGAGGCAGAGCGGUGGUGCAGUGGGGUGGCGGAGAGGAGGGAGGCACAGGCUGGGAGGGGUGAAGUGGCGCACCAUGUAAUGCUGCCAAGAAAUUCUAAUGAGGAAAAAAAAGAAAAAUUAAAAAGGAAAAAAAGGAAAAAAUGAAGAGGCAGUGGCAAAUCUCUCAAAGUGAACUGUUGAUUUUG